AUGGGCACGUGGAGGUUAACACCGCGCGAGUAUAUGGCUUCGACUCGUCUGCUGUAUCUGGGCCAGUUGAAAUGGCAAGAAAGAGGAAUUGUCACGGGUACGAAGCUGAAUGCCCGUGGUCCAUACUCGCACAAAAAGAAAGCAUUAAGCCUGGACUUCGUAGACCUGUGGUACCUUCACGCUCCUGAUCACAACACGCCGUAUGAAGAAACUUUAGAUGCCGUUAAUGAGUUAUACAAAGCAGGCUACUUCAAACGGUUCGGCAUCAGCAAUUAUGCAGCCUGGGAGGUGGCACAAAUCUGCGAGCUCUGUGAAAAACGAGACUGGAAGAAACCAGAUGUGUAUCAAGGCGUGUACCACGCCUUGCACAGUCACAGUCCCAACGACCGUGGCUCAAAUUACUUUCGCCGUCAGUACUGGAACGAUGCAUAUUUUGAUGCGCUUGAUGUCAUCAGGCCCGUGGCUAGGAAGCUGGGGAUGACAACUGCCGAGGCAGCUUCUAGAUGGGCAAGUCAUCAUAGUAUGAUGAAGAAAGAAUAUGGAGAUGCUAUUAUUAUAGGUGCGAGUAAUAUUACUCAAUUGGAGGAAAAUCUCAGGAGUCUGGAAAAGGGACCUUUGCCAGAGGACAUGGUGAGAGCGUUUGACGAAGCUUGGGCUAUUGUCAAGAGUGCUUGUGGGCCAUACUUUCAGUAA